AUGAUUUUUUUGAAGUUUUAGAAGAAGUGUAUGAAAAAGGCCUCAUUACAAAAGAUAUGAAAAAUGGAUUUACAACACUAAUUCAUAAGAAAGGAAGGAGAAUAUCAGAUACACUCAUCUUAUUGAGAGAUAUAUGUAUACAGGAGGAGAACAAAUUUGGAGAAUCUUCUCUGCUUUCAUUGGAUUUAAACAAAGCCUUUGACAGCGUGGACCUGGAAUAUCUAUUUUGUGUACUACAUAAAUUUGGAUUCAAAGAAAAAUUUAUAAAUGUACUUCGAACUUUGUAUACCGAAUCAGAAACUAGGGUGUUGAUGAAUGGAUAUUUAAGUCAAGCAGUUACAUUAGAAAGAGGAGUUCGCCAAGGUGAUCCACUAAGCUUAUAUACGUUCAUAAUAGCAAUUGAACCCUUGCUCAUUGCGAAAAAUGCCCAUAAAAGUAUCAAUGGAAUUAUGAUCCCACACAAUCAAGAAAUAAAGCAUCUAAGUUACGCUGAUGAUAUCACCCUAACUGUAAGAAACAAAACUUCAAUUUAAUAUACUCUGGAUUUAAUAAACAGAUUUGAGCUAGCAACUGGCAUGAAGUUGAAUAUUGGAAAAACAAAACUUUUAAAAAUAGGAAAAUGGACCAAUCCAAAUUUUUUUUCAAAUCUCCAUAUUGUACAAAGUUUGAAUGUACUCGGAGUAGUGUUUUCAAACUCUGAUACAAGCAAUAACAACUGGGAAGACUGUAUGAAUAAUGUUAGGACUGUAAUAAGUGAACUGAAGGACAUUCCUUUAUCACUCGAUGGAAAAUGUCUAUUGAUCAAACUUAAAAUUUUACCUGUUUUCUUAUACUGUGCAAGAAUAUUCCCUAUCCCGAUGUAUAUAGGAAAACAAAUUAAUGAUAUUAUUGAAAAGUUUGUAUUUAAUGGUAGAAAUACCUUAAGAAUUGAUACAUUAUGUAAAAACAAAAUAUUAGGAGGAUAUGAUAUAAUUAAUAUUCCUCUUUUUACAAUGUGCCUUUAUGUCAUGACUUCUUAUGAAUAUUACUGUGAUAGAAUUAAUGCUAAUAUUGAACACUGUAGACAAUCCGUAUAUAAUUUCAUAGAAUAUAACAUAGGGCAACA